ACUGCGAGGCGUACAACUCAAUACUCACAUCAUAUUUCCAAAAACUCGUUGUUACCUUUCUUCAUCGGUACUCUCCGUUUCUUCUUCUCCAAAUUUCUACAAUUCACAUUCAAUUCAUUCACAUUAUAAACAUCAAUUCAUUCAUUCACAUAAUAAUCUACACCUAUAGAUAUAAACAUUAGAUAUAGUGAAAUGAGGCCAAACGCUUCGGCGAUGAGACAAGCCGAACUUUUGCGAAACGACGGUAACAAUUACUUCAAGAAAAACCGUUUUAAUGCCGCCAUCGAUGCUUACACUGAGGCAAUUACGCUUUGCCCUAAUGUUCCCGUUUAUUUCACCAAUCGUGCUUUGUGUCAUCUCAAACGAAAUGAAUGGGAGAGGGUUGAGGAAGAUUCUAGAAGAGCAAUUCAGCUGGACAGUCAUUCUGUUAAGGCACACUAUAUGUUGGGUCUUGCAUUGCUACAGAAACAAGAACAUACGAAAGGAAUCCGAGAAUUGCAAAAGGCUUUGGAUCUUGGGAGAGGUGCCAAUCCAAAGGGCUAUAUGGUUGAAGAAAUAUGGCAAGAGUUUGCAAAGGCAAAAUACAAGGAGUGGGAACGUUCAUCGUCCCAACGAUCAUGGGAAUUGCAGAACUUGAAAGAAGCUUGUAAGUCUGCUCUAAAGGAAAAACAUUUUCUUGGCUCUGAAAUGGAAGGAUUUGUAGAUGAUGCUACUACUUCCCAUUUGAAACAGUUGGAGGCUGUAGAAAGAGUCUUCAAUAAAGCUGCAGAUGAUGACAUACCAACUGAGGUCCCUGAUCAUCUAUGCUGCAGAAUAACUCUUGAUAUUUUUCAUGAUCCUGUCAUUACUCCUAGUGGACAUACAUAUGAGAGAGCAGUGAUUCUUGACCAUCUUCAGAAGGUUGGUGAAUUUGAUCCGAUCACGAGGGAACCACUUGAUCCAUCCCAACUAGUAUCAAACUUGGCCAUUAGGGAAGCAGUCCAUGAAUAUUUGGACACACAUGGGUGGGCUUACAAGAUAGAUUAACAGAAUAUUAAGCUGGAAAUUAGCAGUUUGUGAGAGGUUUGUUUGUUCACAUAAUGCAGCAGAAUGCUGAUGAUGUGUUGUGCAAGAUUGGUCAAUUCAUCUGCUAAUUGUGUCUGUCCUUAAUGUUGUGACUUUAAACAUAUGAAGUGUACAUAUGGUUUUGACUGAUAUUGUGUAAAUAGUCUACUCGAAUUUGUGUAUACAUUUAAGUGCCUGGUGAAACUUAACAUUUCAUAUGCUUAGAAAUGACUAUCAAACUAGUUUAUUUGACCAA